CGUACAUCUCACGGUCUUGCUCAGAGUCUCUUGCGGUCGUCGACAAUGAACAGUGGGGUCGAUGAACGGAGACGGCGGGAAAUGGUGCAUACUUGUGUGGCGCGUUUGAGCGCUCCCGGUCUCUUCACACUAUGACAGUAUAAAUAGCACUUACUGUAUUAUUGUAUAUAGACAUGCAAUGUGUGCUUGCGAAGUUGGUAAGCAACCUUGCGGCGUGUUGAUCCCAAGAUUCCCCUGAUCGAGCAUCUGUCCGUGAAUGUGGCAAUGUACAUCCGCGAUACGCGUUGGGUGUGAAUGGUCAGAAACCGUGAGUAGAUCGACGAGUUACGUUGCUGGAAUGCGUUGAUGACCAAGCUUUGCUGGAGACAGAAACGCAGAAACGAUUUACUGUUUCCUUAAUUCAUACAAAAUUAUAGCUAUCCUAUCGAUUGAUUGAUUGGCUCGGCGGUUCGAUGUCUGGCUGGAAGCCAACAGUCGCGGCGGCGGAAUUGCUUUCUCAUCUGCCCCGGUCACCCACACUUGCGCUCCUGAGCUCCCCUGGGUGCAGUAGGGGGGGCGACGCGAAGCUCCGCGGGCAGGCAGGUCACCCUCCAGGUGCUCGGCGCAGAUAUGGAGUUCACUGCUCGAUCUGCAUCCGUGGGCCGCGGAGGAUGGCAGCGGGCUCGCUGUCCAGCCGUUGGUGGUCGUUUCGGUCUAGGUCUCGGUCAGACGUGGCGGCGCAGUACUUGGGGCUGGAGGGAGGCAGGAUAACAUGUAAUCCGAGGCGGCGCUUACUGUACGACGCGACGACAUCCAGGGGAUCAUCAAGACAGGUAUUCUGGGAGAAUGCGGGCGGAAGUAGCUUCCCGAAUCUGCCACGUGGUGGAGAGAUCGGGGUCAAGGCGUCAUCAACGGCAGCAACGGCGCUGACGAUGGCGGCGGCGGCGGAGGAGGAGGAGGAGGAGGAGGCAAAGGACGGCUGUUCACGAGCGCCACGGUGGAGGGACGUGGCAAGUGGAGGGAGGGUCCGCGGUGGAAGAAGGGAAUCUGAGAGUUGCGCGGGAAUCUGGAGGAAGGGGGUGAGCCAAACUGUGACCGGGCGAUCGUGGUCUUGGGCCCCAUUUCCCGGCCUCUUGAUGUUCCGUUCGUCAUCGUCGUCGUCGUCGUCGUGUUCAUCUACUCCGUCGAAGUGGCGUUGCCACGCUGGUGGUGGAGUAUGCGGAAACGAGGUUCGACUUAAUCCUGUCCUGAAGGUAAAUGCUAGUGGGAUGUCAAAUCAAGGGCAGCAGUCGGCGGGGCGCCGAUUUCGGCGCUCCCCCUUGCGACGGCCGCCUGUGGCGGGCCGCGAGGCGGAAAGCCGGCGUCGUCGCACAGUCGUUGCAAUGACGGCGGAUAUGAGCAUGCCAGGUGUGGUCGGGAUGACUUUGACCGUGGGUGAAGGGCUUAUGCGGCACACCAAGAAGACCGAGAAGGAGAUGAGCGCUAAAGUCUAUCAGUGUGUGAUGGCGCUUUGUGCGGCAGAGCAGCUGGGCGACGGUGUUGAAAAGGUAUUGGAUGCAUGGGCGGAUGAACUGGCCAUGGCGGACGUGAUGAAUGUGCUUAAAGAGCUCGUCAACAGAUCUCGCAAUGCGGAGAAGUUGAUGAUGGUCUUCGAUUGGCUGCGUGGUUCUGGCGCUUCGGUCGGCCUUGAGCCGAACGUUCGCACGUAUACCUUUAUGAUUCGAGCCAUGGGAAGGUUCAAGAGGUACGAGACGGCUGCGCAGCUCUUCCGCGACAUGCGAUUUGCGGGAGUGGAACCCGAUUCAUUCGCUUAUAACGCAAUGAUUGGAGGGUACGCCAGAAACAACGAAUGGAAGAAGGUGUUUGGGCUCUAUGAGGAGAUGUUUCGAGGGGGAGUGUUCCCCGAUCAGGUGACGUACGUGGAAUUAGUGAGCGGACUGUGCAAGGCGGGAAUGCUGAAGGAGGCGAAGCAAGUGCUGCUCGCAAUGAAGCAGCAAGGAGUGCGGGGGAACUUGCCAAUUUACAAGGCGGCAAUAUUUGCGGCCGUCAAAGAAAAAGAUCUGGACGCUGCGAUUGCCUUGCAUCAACGGAUGGAGAGCGAAGGAGUGGAGCCAGAUGAAUCGCUCAGCAAUCUUCUGAUUACAGCCUACGGCAAGAAGGGGAUGUGCGAAUAUGCCGAGAGAGUCUUCCAGGAUAUGGCGAUUCUGGGGUUGAAGAGGGAGAGGACGACAUAUAAUCAGCUGAUUGUGGCAUACAGCAAGUCGGCGCGGCAGGCGGAAGCGGAGGGUGUGCUACAGGAUAUGAAAGCAGACGGGCUGACGGCCAGCACCGUGACAUACAAUGCACUGAUGGAAGGCUAUAGUGUGCAAGGUCUUUAUGACGAAGCAUCUGCAGUGUUCCAGGACAUGCUGCAGGAGGGCAUCAGGCCGGAUUUGAACUCUUUCAACAACCUCAUAAAGGCGUAUGUCAAGGGAAGACAAUUGGCCUGGGCGGAAAGUGUGAUGCAUGACAUGAGAGAGCAGGGGAUUCGACCAAAUGUAUUGUCCUACGUGAUGCUCGUUGAAGGGUAUGCGCGAGUUGGAAUGCUUGUAGAUGCCGAGCGGAUGCUACACGAAGCGAAGGAUAUGGGACACACCCUUCCUGAAAAGACAUUGAGUGUCCUUAUGGGCUUUUACGAAAAGAGCAGAUCACAUACGAGGGAAGCAGUAGAGAAAGUCAAGGUGAUGAAGGUGAGAAUGGGGAUGGCCAACACCCAACAUGACGAAGGAAAUGUGAAGAUGCCGUUUCUGAAACCUUUGGCGAAAGAUGGUAGGGGGGAUCUGGCUUGGGAGUUCAAGAAAGAGAUUGCUGGUUUACGGGAGCGAAGGGCAGGUGUUGGAGGGGUGAACCUUUCUUUGAUGGGCGCAUACCCACAAGCUGUUCGGUGCGCUGCUAGAAAUGAACGAUCGCAGACAUAAACAGCAUUCGUCAAGGAGAGCGAGUAUCCGUGUUUGGAUGCCAGGGACCUGUGGACGGAGCAACUCUCGUGAGGGGCGCGUGGGAACCGAAGAUGGGAGGCGCACAGGCAUUUAUGGCGUUAUUAAGCAUGGAAGAUAUCCGCAGUAUGGGGAUGGGUAUAAAGGCACCCGGUGCAGGCAUGUAUUCCCUCCUCAGCCCCCCAUAAUCCCUUAUUCAUGUGCAUGCGAAGAUGCAUCGCAGUGGUGGCAACGAGGCAUAACGCACAUGGUGUUGCCGAGCUGCAAGAGUUGAAGUUCACCACGCCAGGGUAUUUCUCUCAUGCUGUGUGGCAGUAGAUUUGAGCCACAGGCUGAAGCAGUUUUUAACUCUUAGAUUCAGGGCGGAGUGUAAGUAGAAAGCUGGGAGUGUUUGUGACACUUAGUGUCUGGCAGUUGGUGCCAGGUGGGAGGGUGAGCAUGGGAAUAAUGCCUGCUCAGCAAGCGGUUCCUUCUCUGCUUACCCUCUUGGGGGGGACGGGAAUCUAUUUUGGAUCUUUCUGUGUGUGUGUAUCAUUGAUAUCUUGAUAUCUGUUGAUCUCGUAUAUCCAUGUAUCUAGUCUAAGGCUUUAUCUGGAGAGUCGCAUUAGAGGAUUAAGCCCUCGGUGAUCUUCGUCACGCUGACUGAUGUUGACGUGUGGACUUCUAAUUCCACAUGGAGUAGCUAUAGUCGACAAUGGAAUGCACAGUCUUUCCUGUCUCUCCCUCCCUACGUUGUGCACUGUUUUCAGGUCGUAUAUAUUGUUUGUUUCUGUUUUUCCACCCAACAUACAUAUUCUUUUCCUGGUAGGGCAAUUUUGAUAUGCACAGUUUUCAACUUUGUUGGCAUGCUUUCUGCUGUCCAGUUGCCAUGUAUACGACUGUUUGGAGAGCUUAGCUGCAAGCUGGGGAUGUUGAAAGAGGGUUGUUUAGGCCACGAGAAGCUGUAGCAAUCUGAUAAACAGGAGGGGCAGGGAGAGAGAGAGAGAGAGAGAGAGAGAGAGAGAGAGAGAGAGAGAGAGAGAGAGAGAGAGAAGUGACUUCGUUGUGUUCUAAGGAUAGAACAUAUAAUUUUGUGGAAGUAUAAUGAAGAGUGGUAAAAGUG